UCUAAAGCUAACAAGCUACAGUCAGUGGCCAGUUUUGUGAAGAUGACCGAUCAAAAAGCGGACAAUAUUAGCUCCAUCCCGAUUGAUGGCUACAGUAACUUAAGAAUUACAUCAAUAUGGACUUUUCUUAUGUCUGUGCAGUGGUCGGAGCCUUGGAUCAUCAGUUUGUUGGUGUUUCACGUUGUGUGUCUGAGUUUGACUGUAGUGACCUGCAGGUAUUACAGAGCUCAGAUCUGCCACUUCCUGCUCAUGGUUGGUUUGGUGUAUACUGCUGAAUAUGUGAAUGAGCUGGCAGCCAUGAACUGGAGGUCCUUUUCUAAUUUCCAGUACUUUGAUUCCAAGGGAAUGUUUAUAUCUUUGGUCUACUCGAUCCCUCUUCUGCUCAACACAGUCAUCAUUGUGAUGGUGUGGGUGUACAGGACCUUUUCCACCAUGACUGAACUGAAGACACUCCAGCUCAAGCGAAAGGCCCGCAGACAGAACAGAGAAAAGACUGACUGAGCUCUGAUAUUAUGUCCGUACAUGGGCUUUACUGGGAGGAAUUAGGAAUCCUUGUCUUUCCUAUGCUAAUCCUGAAUUUUGGUGGGAAAAAAGGAAGGCAGAUUCCUUCUGAUGACUGUUAAAAGGAUUGUUGGACGAUGUCAGUAAGGACUGGAAUGACUGUUGAAAGGUGCUGCUGAAUGCACUAUGAGAAUAAUGGGGACCAAGGGGUAUUUACUGUUUUGUAUUUAAUGUUGUUUUAAUGUGUGCUGAAUUGUACAGACUGGUGA